AUUCAUUAUUAGUCGCGUGGUACAUACUUUAUUGAUAUAUAAUAGCACGCAAGAUUGGAAGUUAUGAGCUGCAAGUUAGCUCAAAGGGUCCCAUAUGAGUUGCACAAUACAAUCAAGUCAAUGUCGUUUAAGGCCUUUAAUUCAAUUCACCAACUAUUCAGUUCAUUUACUUCUCAAUGGAUAAUAACACUUUUCACAACAUUAAGUAACAAAAGAUAUCAGUUUUCUGAAAGAAAGGAAAAAAAAAAUGGUAGCUGUUUUCAACAAAGAGCUCUUGAGCUGGUACCUUAUCACCCUUAAACUUAGAGAAACCUUAGAGUCAGGGAUUCCAUCAUCAUCAUCUCUAAAUUCCGGUACCGGAUCGAUCGAGUUACCUCGGCAGUUGCAGCAGCAGCAGCAGAAGUAUGAGCAACAACCUUCAGAAUCAUUGCAGAUUCUUCUUGCCAACCAAGAUGGUGAAAUUUUGCAAGAGGUAGAAGCAACCUCACCAGCAUCUGAAUGGGUGAUCUCUAUCAAGGAAAAACUCGAGGAGGCGAAUCAAGACGAUGUAGCAAGUUCAUGGACCAAGCUAUCAAUCUACAAAAUCCCUCAUUAUCUUAGAGAUAGUAGUGGCGACGACAAAGCUUAUGCACCGCAGAUUGUGUCCUUAGGACCUUACCAUCAUGGUAAAAAGCGCCUUCGACAAAUGGAACGUCAUAAAUGGCGUUCCAUUAACCAUGUCCUUAAGCGAACCAAACAUGACAUUAGGAUUUAUCUCGAUGCAAUGAAAGAGAUGGAAGAAAGAGCGAGAUCUUGUUACGAAGGAACGAUUGGGUUAAGCAGCAACGAGUUUGUGGAAAUGUUGGUUCUUGAUGGUUGUUUUGUGCUUGAGCUAUUCAGAGGAGCUACAGAAGGGUUUAAGGAACUUGGUUAUUCGAGGAACGAUCCUGUUUUUGCAAUGCGUGGAUCGAUGCAUUCCAUUCAAAGAGACAUGAUCAUGCUAGAAAAUCAGCUUCCUCUUUUCAUACUAGAUUUGCUUCUGGGAAUUCAGCUUGGUAAACCAGAUUUGAAAGGACGUGUUGCAAAUCUAGCACUCAGAUUCUUUGAUCCUUUAAUGCCGACAGAUGAACCAUUAACAAAAAGUGAUAGAAACAAACUGGAAUCAACAUUUAGAAAAUGCACUACCAAUGACACCUUUGAUCCUUUAUCCGAUCAAGGCGGUCUUCACUGUCUGGAUGUAUUCAGGAGAAGCUUAUUGCGGACAGGACCUCAACCAGCAUCUAGAAUAUGGAUCAAACGCAGGUCGAGCGCUAAUAAUAGAGUCGCAGAUAAACGGCGCCAGCAACUGAUACAUUGUGUUACUGAGCUAAAAGAGGCUGGAAUCAAGUUCAGAAAAAGGAAAACCGAUCGGUUCUGGGAUAUUAAAUUUAAAGACGGUAUUCUGCGGCUUCCAAGGCUCUUGAUCCAUGAUGGUACAAAAUCUUUGUUUUUGAACCUCAUUGCAUUCGAACAGUGUCAUCUUGAUUGCAGUAAUGACAUAACAUCUUAUGUUAUCUUCAUGGAUAACUUGAUCAAUUCUCCCGAAGAUGUCGGGUAUCUUCAUUACCGAGGAAUAAUCGAACACUGGCUUGGGAGUGAUGAUGAAGUCGCGGACCUUUUCAACCGGUUAUGCCAAGAAGUUGUGUUUGACAUCAAUAACAGUUACCUUUCUCCAUUAUCAGAGUCUGUGAAUAGAUACUACAAUCAUAGAUGGAAUACUUGGUGUGCAAGCUUGAGACACAAUUACUUCAAUAAUCCUUGGGCCAUUAUCUCUUUUGUUGCUGCUGUAGUCCUGUUGCUGCUUACUUUUGCACAAACUUACUACAGUGUGUAUGGAUAUUAUAGACCAGCACAGUAAAUGCUAUACAAUCAAGUGCCGUUGAAGGCUCUUUCAUUUCAUAUUCAUCAGUGCAUUUUCUAUCAUUGAUUCUUUGUUAAGUGUGAGUUAUUGAUGUGUUUAUGGUAACUUCAAGAAUGAAGCCAAAAAUGAGUUUGGAAGGUUGAAGAGUUGAAAAUUUUGUUAUUUGAUGAUUUAUUUUGGUGCUUGAGAUACUGGCUAGUGGCUACUACCACUACUGUAAUACAAAUUCCAGUUGUGAAUUGUGAUGCAAAUGUUUAUCAAACAACUUUGCCUUAGUUUUAUAA